GUAACAUGCUGCUGUGCCUGUCGCCCAGCUGGCUGGCCAAGGUGCCCUCUGAGCAGCACCCUGGCGAGUCGUCCUUGCUGGUCUCCAAGGCUGUCUCCUUCGAGCUGGGUGGGCGCACGUGCCUGGACGAGUUCUCGCCCCCGCGCUGCGUCACCUACUUCAUGGGCUCCUUCGGGCCAUGCAAGGAGCACGGGCAGUCAGCGAGGGAGCUGGCGCGCAACCUGGAUUGCCCCACGGGAGGUUCGGGGGAGCUGGCCCGCCUGCUGGAGGACAAGCUGCUGACGCGCCAGCUGCUGGACCAGCGGGCCCAGGUGGGGGUACCGCUCACGCUGGCCUUCACCUUCAAGCGGCUGCGCCCACUGCGGGACGUCACCACUGAGCGCUCCGUCUGCAUGGUGGAGCUCCGUCUGCAUGGUGGAGGGCCAGGAGAACCUCAUCCAGGAGGAGAUCAAAGCCUUCCUGCAGGGCAGCGCCAUGGAGCCCUACAGCCAG